AUGAGUGACAUGGAGAGGGAAGGUAAGCCAUUAUUGACUAUCUGGCUAUAGACACCAAGUUUGCACUAAAUUCACUACCCUGGAACUAUAGUUCUUCCCUGAUGAUGAUGCUGGUGGAUUUACAGUAGAGGGGAUAGUUUAUGCAUGUGUGCAUAUUGAAAUGCUGCACAUACAAGCUCUAGGCACCAGGACCACUUCAAAUCACUGAAAUGGUCAUGAUGCUUGGAGUAACCCUUUAAAGAUCAUUUUUUUUCCAAUUCCAUUUUAAUUGGUCUUUUCAAACUACAAAAAAUAUAAUUACACAGUGUUUAAACCAGUGGCAGAACUACCAUGCACUUCCACCAUCCGAUACCCAGGGCCACCUGAUGGAAUAAACUGCUUUUCCCAUAAUCCUCUGCUGGACAGGGGAUAACCCAUAUUUUAAUGCUUUAUAAUGCGUUAUAAAUAGUGGGACACCAUCUAGCAAUGGCUUAGCAAGGUCAAGGAAAUCCUUUUCAGCAAGACUAUGGUUUGUCUGGGAUAUGUUUCUGGAAUCAGAGAAUUUCUGCUCUCUGGGCUUGUCUGAUCCCAGAUCCAAGCCCUCUCCACGGACUGUUCUUGGUUGAUUUUCCAUGAAGUCUACUUGUUUUCUUCCCUCUACUCACAGGGUUAUUCACUAAAGGGAGAAUACAAAAUCUAUUUAAAAUUUAAGAUCAAAAUAGCAGAAUAGGAAAAGUUAUCUAACUUGGUCCAUUUCGUCUACUUUGGCUUUUAAAAUUUAAAUUCACUUUGGAUUCUCACUUUACUGAAUGACCAUGUCUGUCUGGGUCUGGAAUUUCUGUUAGAUUUACACAGGAACUACUAGAUUUCUCUUCCCUUUCUCUUUUACGUUGUUUUAAUGUUCUUUGACUGUGGAUAUUAUAUAUAUAUAUAUUGUAUGUUUUUCUUUGUUUGCAGCUCUCUAGUCAGGUGUGUGGUUUACAAAUAACUGCUGUGUCUUGGAUGCUACGUGACUUGUCACGUGUUUGAUCAUGCAGCUUAUUGUAUGACAGCUGUUGUCAAAUUUUGAAUAGACUAUCCCUUUAAUACUUUCAGGGCUGGUAGUCUGGCUAUCUACUCACUUUGUUAACCAUUUCAUGGCCACAGGACUGGCCAUCUCCUAGCCCUAGUAACACAUACAGGGCCAGAGGGGUGGAGACCUAUUUUCCUUUAACACAUACAAGGUCAGGUGACUGAAUAUUUCCUAAAAGUCCUAAAAGAACAGGGGAGUAUUACAGGGCCCUCAUUACUUUAUACUCCUAUCAAAAGACAUUCAAGUGGAGAAAAAAAGGAAAGAAAAUGUGACAAGUUUUGCACAACAUUUAAACCACUUUAUAAACUGGAACAGGGUAUUGAACACCCUAAGUUUCCGAAUACUUUGUUAAACCUCCCUAAAUGUUUAAUUUGUUCCUUCAAUACAAUGUGUGCCUUGGCUGUGCCAGGACUGAACUGGAUUGUGAGGGCUAUUGCUACAUUCUGAAUCUAUAGUAAAAUAAAAUGGAGCAUCACAUUUAACACAAGUUAUACGUCAUUUUCAGUGUUUUAUUGAAUGGUGAAGUUUUGGUUCUCCGUUAAUCUCUAAUGUCUGGUGCGUUAUGCUUUCUACUGCAGCUUAAUGAAGAUGGGAAAUCACUGGAUAAAUGAUUGGUCUGGGCCAUCCAAUUCCCGUAUGCCAAUCCUAUUUGGUUUGGACCGUUUGCUGCAUAUUUGAACAGCACUCACCCAGAAUACGCCAAAACUAUACUGUCAAGCGAGGUGACUGACUUCAUUUACUAAUUAAAUGUUUAUUGCUGGGAAGGCCAUCCAUUAAUUGUCCUUGUGAACUGCCAAUUCAGUAAAAGGUUUAUUCAUGAAACACCAAACUGUAAUGACAUAAAAAACUAAAUUGAAAAAUUCAGACUGCAAUAACCAAGCCACGACUAUUUCUGAAUUUUUCCAAACAGUUUUUGGGUGCUGUCUUUCCUAUUUUUGUAAAACUGUUUUCGAGCUGUUUGACAAAAAACCCCACAAAAAUCUCCUGGCCCCUCGGCUGUUUUACACUUCACAGUGUAGUAAAUGCUCCACAAUUUUGAAAUAAAGAAGAUAGUUUGAACUUUUGGUGCUGAGAGAGCUCCAGUUAUUUUUUUCUUUUAAUUUUUUUUUUAUAAAAGCCCAAAAACAGUAAAACAGAACUCCUACGACUUCUUGCAGAAUAGGUUGUAGUGGUUAUGGUAAUCAAAGUGUUUCUUUAAGAAUUAUUUUGGAUGAGCCACUGGUUAUUCUCUAAUUAAAAAAAAGUUUUAUUUACUUUUAGUCAUUUUUGGGAUCUUAUUGCUUUAUUUUCCUGUCUGCUCCGCUUGCUGUUUUAUCGUAUUAUGUAAUACGUUUGCAUUAGUAGAUAUGUAAGGAAUUAAUGUAUACUUUAGUAUUGCCUACUCAGUGGUUGGGUUAUAGUGCUGUAACCAGGACGUCAUUUUUUAAUUUUUUUUUUAUUAUUUCCUUUUUCUGAUUUACUAUAGAUCGCAAGGGUUAUAUAGAAUAUGAAUAUCUAAUUCCCUGGAUUGGUAAGCACUACGCAUAAACCACCAAUUAUGUUACUGAAAUCAAUGGUUAUUUUAUACAUGAAUGGGUAUGUUUAGUAGAGAUAUAGCAAAAAACGGAAUGGUGAAUCGUGUUUUAAUAAAAUUUUCCAUCAAUGGAAAAUCCUGAAGGCUGAGGUGGAUGUCCUUCCUCUAAUAUUUACGCCAUCAAAUAUACACUAUGUGACAAACGUUUUGGGACACCUGACCAUUACACCAACAGGGAGUUUUAUGACAUUGCAUUCUAAAUACAUAGACAUUAAUAUGUGGUUUGCCAAAUGGAUCCAAUGGAUACACUUUGUGGGGAUAUUUAUGGGAUGAUAAUAUUAAACAGUCGAGAAUUGCCCACUAUUUCAAUUAUCUUAGAGAUCGAUAUCAAAUAAGUGAAAAGUAUUCCAUACAAUUAAGAUCACAAUGUGUUAUAAAAAUAGAUUUAAUUUAUUGUGACAUAUGACAUAACAAUAAUAUUAGGCAGCAUGCAUGAUAAUAAUCAGUGAGUAUUUAGUAUAACAUAAGUAUGCAAUACAAUGGAAUGGCUAUACACGUUCCAAUGGCUAACAGCAUCUCCUGUCACUUAAUAAGAUUUAUGAGGUUAAGCUUCACACAGCGAAAAGCCAUAAAACCUUGGCUAACAGUUAAAUCAACUGAGUAACCCUUUCAAUGCUGGCUAGAUCCUCCUAGGCAUAUAGUAUCCUAUUCUCCUGUGAUUUUCAAUUAAAAUAACAUUUGAACCAACUCAUUAGUCAUUUCCUGGAACCAUCCGAUAAGAAUAAUCUACCAGAUUUUUACAAAAGCCGAAUUUUAAUUUGCCUAAAAAGAUAUCUAUCUUAUUUAGAGCAAAUCAAUACACCUGGAUAAAAACAGCGGUAUGCUAACACGUGAUACUAUCACAUUAAUAUAUAAUUAUUCUUAAUUCCACCUGCAGAAUGGAAUAUUUAUAACUAUAUAUUCUUUAGUUAACUAAGAUUUCUAAAUAUUGAAACCUGACCGUGAUUUAUCCAGUCAUAUAUCAUGCUAUUAGUAAAUUCUAAUUAAUUUAAAUUAAUUAAAUAAAUCCAGCAUAAUUACCAGUUAUGUAGAUAUUCUCAUCAGAUGAGUAGGUACUCCCAGGACUUGAUUGGUUGUAUGGAGGUGCGUGAGUGAUAGAGAAAAGUGGUGUUGGUUAGAAGUCAGAGUAAAAUUCUAAGUGUCAAAGAGUUUAAGAGUUGAGUGUCCAAGAGUUUAAGAGUAGAGUGUUAGUCCCAGAGAAUGUUUCUUGAGUCUCUCUCUCUCUGCAUGUCCGAAUUUGAUUGCCCAAACUCCAACUCGUGUCUCUACCAACUAACCUCUCUUCCCUUUGUCCUAACUUUUAAAGGGCCAGACUCUUUGUACGUCAUUAGUUGAUAAGCCAAUAGGAAACUGAAAGGUAUGUUCAAUCUAUGGAUCGCAAUUUAGGUAUUUGAUCCAUAGAGGGCAGUCUCGUCUCACUAAACCUUCCUAUCCAGGAAAGAGUUAACUUUUCCUGAUGACGAUUUUGACGUCAUUUAGCUUAUCUAAAAGGACUACCAUAACUUAGAUUUGCUGUCAGUUCAAAGCGUUUGUCUCAGUCUUUGUGGCAACUACUUUGAUCGUAAUUUGUAAAAUUGACAGUUCUAAACUCAAUUUCACCCCUUACUUACAAUGGAACCUUGUAAAAUUUAGAAAGUAAAAUUAAUUACUUAGUCUUCUCUGUCACUAGUGUCUGUGUUUAUAUAAUGCAUUCCUUUAGCUCAGUGGUUAGUGAAAUCAAGGAAAUUAUGUGUCUUCGAAUUUCUGAAGAUAGCAAAAUGGAGUCUGCUCUGUUCUGAGUGACUCUGGCAAUAUACACUUUUAAUUUCUUUCUUAGCACAAAAUGUCUGCUGAUAUAAAUAUUCUAACUUGUGACUGGAAUUUUAGGUAAGCAAACUUUAUUCAAAGAGUAAUUAAAAUGAGUUGAGCAGCAUCAAAUAUCAGUGUCCGCAAUCAGUCCACCAUCCCUCUAACCUUCUCGGAGUUCAUCUGGGGUAUACAGACUGUAUAAGAGUGUCCCUCUUUCCCACUAGGCUUGGUUGCUUGUGCCGAUGUGUCUGCUUCCUGGCUCUGGUCUGUUUUUUUUUAUAGGAUUCGUUAAACUGAGGGCAAACUACUGAAGAAGAAUGUUAAACUAGCCAUGAUCCAUUGUGUCCUCUGCUCAUCUUCCUUUCAUACAAAUUGUAUAGACCCACUUAAUCUCACCCAAAACCAUGCACCGUUUCCGCCUUUCCCAGCCAUCUAUAGACUGUUUUCUAUGUCCAUCUUUUUCCUUCCCCAGCCAUCCAUACAUGGUCUUCUUUAUCCGUCUUUCUCCUUCCCCAGCCAUCCAUACAAUGUCUUCUAUAUCCUUCUCUCCUUCCCCAGCCAUCCAUAUAUUAUGAUUGACAUUUGAAAAAAACCUAACGUAUUUCAGACCUACGGGUCCUUAGACAUAUGUCCUAUAUCUAAGGACCUGUAGGUCUGAAAUGCUUUAGAUGUUUGGUGUGGCACUUCCCCCUGUUUGUUACUUUUUGUUUUGUUCUUGUGCCAAUUAAACCUCCUGUGGAGUUUGAGCGCUUGCAGUGGCGUUAUUUCUAUUUUUUGUUUUUAUUGUAUUCUACAUUAUUUUUUCUCCUUCCCCAGCCAUCCCUUUUGGGUUACCAAUCUCUUUCCAUUCUUGAAACAGCCAAUAUGUUACCUGUUCAUAUUCCUCCUCACUUAAUUUUCAUGUUGUCUGUCCAUAUUUCUCACCCAGUAUUUGCCCUAUGUUUAUAUUUCCCUUCUUUACCACAUUUUUAUAUACAAUUCUCUGUCCUGCACUAUAAAUAAUUUCCUCUGCCCCUGCAGGCAUCUUAUUUACCCUUCCAGGUAUAUUGUUCCUCAACCAGCAUGCACAUUUACCCACACCUUCCUAUCUUACUUACUUAUGAAUGUGAUGGAAUAAGUCAGGUGGCAGCAGUGGUUCAUGUCUUGCUCAUGUCUUUCGGUGGUGGGAAGCUGGCCAGUUUGGUGUCAAAAUGUAAUGAGCAAUAGUGGUUCUGCUGAAAAGCAGCCGUCUUCUGACCUCCUAAACAUGCUCCGGAGGCCACUGAAUUCAGGAGCAUCAGCAAGUGAGUGUAUGAAUGAGGGUACUUGUCAUGGGGUAACACUUCCGGGUUCGGCACUCCUCUGUGCGGAGCCGGACCCCACCCCCCUCUGACGCGGCUCUAACAGUAUUUAGGGAGACCACGCCAGAGAUGCUUGCUUACUCAAAUCUUCAUUGCUACAAACUACUAAUUAUAUGGAGGACAACUCCAAUCAUGCUUAUUCACUAUGAACUGUUUCUUGCUUUGCAAAGACACUCAAUGCUUCAAGCUACUAAUUAUUUUGAGGACAACUCCCAUCAUGCUAAUUCACUAUGAACUGUUUCUUGCUUUGCAAAUAUACUCAGUGCUUCAACCUACUAAUUAUAUGGAGGACAACUCCCAUCAUGCUUAUUUACUAUGAACUGUUUCUUGCUUUGCAAAUAUACUCAGUGAUUCUACUUGCUUAUUGUUUCUAUUGAAGAUUAUUCUCAUGAACUUAAAAAAUGUUACUUAAAGCAUCUCUGAGGAAAUACUUAAUACUGAACUUUGUGUUGUUGAUUACUUGCACUUCUUCUUAUUGGAUUAUUGCCUAAAUGCAAUUCAUUUAAGUUUAACAUUUUUUAAAACUUCGUUUGAAUCAAGUUACCAGUGAUUCUCUCUUUUCUUAAAGCUACAGUAUUGAUACUUUAAAGAUUCUCUGUUUCUUCACAAUUGUAAUUAGGGAGUUUACAAGCUGCAGUUGAGUUCCAAUCCAAAUCACCCAAGUAGCGUAACAGAACCACAGGACACAAAGUCGUUUUUUUUCAAGUCUUUAAAUUCCAAUUGGAACAUUAGUCAAUGGUCAAUGAAGAAUGGUUUGUGACAAACAGUCCAAUGUAACUGCCUUCUAUUCAUUCAACGACAUAAUGUUCGUUUCACAAAGAAAGUUGUAUCUGUUACUUGUCUCUGUUUGGCUUCGGGAGAGGACUAUUGCUUUUGUCCGGACAGAAGUGGUUCCAGCACCGUCGCCUGCUGACCUCUGGAUUUCACUAUGAUGUACUGAAGCCGUAUGUGAAGAUAAUGGGCGACUGCACUAAAGUCAUGCUGGUAACAAUUAAUAUAUUUCUCUAUUAAGGAGUUCAGUUUGAUGUGGGCAGUUUAUGAGUCCAUUCUAGGUGCCUGCUUUGUAAUAAUUAUAUCGGGUUACUUCUGUUUCUGGCUGUGCUGAUGGACACACUUGAACAUGUAUUACGUGACAUUAGAUGAAAAAAUAAAAAUUGUCGGUGCAAAUAAAAAGGUGCACAAUGUGAACACAUGAUAAAGUGCAGAAAAAGUUUUAUGAACAUGUUACCUUAAGAAGGCUUUAAAAUUCUGGUCAGGGCACUCUUGGAUAAUAUAUAUGUAGGGGAAAGGAAAAACAGAAAACACAACACAUUGCUGCAGGAAUAAAAGGGAUAGGUGACAAAGUGAAUAAUUAGAAAGAAAGAGUAUAAGGCAAGGAGCUGAAUGGAUGUAAUAUGUGAGAUGGGAUUAAGAGGGACUAGGAAUACAAGGAAUCGCUCAAGUGGUACUAAAGAAGCCCUGUCACCCUCUCCCCCCAACAAAAAGAGCUUUUCAUAAAGAAAAAAUAAUUUUGAAAUGAUGGUAAAUACUGUGUUGGAAUUUCACUGAAAUUCUACCCCAGUCAAAAGAUAUCAUAACAUAAAUUAGGGUCAUCUUUGCCUUAUGCAUUUUUCCUACUCUUGACGAAAAGGCAGAGCUAACGUUGUCAAUCUUUGUCAAGCCCUCGACCAUCACUAGUAACAGUUGAGGGUAAAAAACAUAUUAGAGAAACUUCGACACCAAUUAGCCCCAUUGCACCCACAGCACAAAAAUGGCAGAAGUUGUGUCAUGGGCAGCACCGUGAAGAUACCGUGAAGAUAUCCAUUUCAAAUAUAAAAGCACCCCCUCCAAGAUAACGGUUAGCAACACUAGCUCACUGUACAUAACUGAUUUAAUGGCAGUGUAAAUAAAGACGUGGAUGUAUCCACCGGACUCUGCUCACCUGCUGCCUGGAAAGGGGGAAAAGGCUUGUGGCUGAGUAGCCAGCAAGCCCUGUAUUGCACUUACUGCUUCAUAUAAAUUGCACGCAGCACCAGCAUCCAUAUAUCUAAGUGUAUCAGGCAGUAUGAUGUGUUACAGACCAGUGCAAUUCCCAAGGUAAAUCUAGGUACGGAGUAAGGACAGCCAGUGAGGUCAAGCACAAAUACUGGACAAGUCACUUGGAUAGGAAUGUUGUUACACAUGUGUAAUACAGACCAGGGAGACUCGAUACAUGAGCAAUGGGUAUCUGCAGAGUUGGGUUUAAAUAGCAAAUUAAUCAAAUAAACCUGAAACAAUUAACUAUUAAAUAAAAGGACAGCUUAUGUCAUUACUCACUAGAAUAGCAAGUAGAGUUAGUUUUCACUUGUUUAGGAGAUAUUCUGGCAAUAAAUUAUAAUACUAUAAAGGAUCACACCCAACAGGAAAAAAUUAAACAGAUUUAUUGAAAAUGUUCAAUACAUAUAAAAAACUAACAAAAUAUAAAUAAAAGAGUGAUUGCCAACCCUGAUAUGGAUAUGUAUAUCCAAUAUGAGGCCAUGGAUUAUAUAGAUACGACUCGAGAAAAUAAAUCACUAUAUACAAUACAUACAAUAAAAAUAAUGAAAACAUCAAAAUCACAUACUAAUGAUGCAUACACUAAUGUACAGAAAAAUAAUACAUACCAAAUCAGAAAAUCAACAAAACAAAUUAGCUAAUGAAGUGUUAAGAGAAGAGGGAAAUAUCACACGUCCAAAAAACUCAAAAUGAUACCCCCAACAUUUUGGCGAAAAAGCCUUUGUCAGGGGAGUAUUAAAGGACCACUCUAGGCACCCAGACCACUUCAGCUUAAUGAAGCGCAUGCGCAUUCAGCCGAAGAGGAGGAGAGGAGGCGGAGAGGAGGAAGAGAGCUUCCCGCCCGGCGAUGGGACUUAGUUGUUUUUUCAGCCUGGAAUAGACCGACCGCACAGCCCAAAUCCAUGGAACCGUUUUGGGCAGGAAAAUGUGCUUGCGAUCGGUCAUAAAGGGAACUCCAGCUAACUUUUUAACCCCUGGAUGGAUUUGUCUGAUUUUUGGUUAUGUUUGUGUUUUAUGAAGAUUGGAUGUGUAGUUUUAAAGUUACAGUGUAUGGAUAAAAACUGUAUUUUUACUGCCUGUGUUAAUUAUGUUAAACCAUUGUGCAACAUAAUUAGAUCACAGGCAGAGGGGAGGAUUUUUGUGUGUAAUUGCUGGGAGUGUUUCUGUAAUGUACGUUUCUGAUUGGUUGUUGUGUAAAACCCUGUGGGUGGUCCUAUCUCAGGGAAACCUGCAUAAAAGAAGGUUCUUUGUGUGCCAAUAAACAGAUCAUCUUGUACCUUCAUGAAGUUUCGGCUCAUGUUUGGGGGAUUGGAGAAACUACACUCUGGGGAUUGCUAUAAUCACUAUACUCCACAGGGUAUAAUCACUAAGCUCUGCUAAGAGCUUGUUCCUGUUCCUGCUCUCUGGAAUUCAGAGAGAGGUCGACCUGCUGGAAGCUGGACCCUGGUCCUGGGUCCAGAGUGGGUGGAGACGGCGAGACCCCAACCAAGCUGCGGCGGUUCGUGGGGUCUGCAGUGGUUAUGGUGUCAGGCAGAGUGCUUGGAGUCCUUGGAAAGCACUAGGAGCACCCGUCGGCGGAAGGUACCCGGUCGGGGUGCCAGCGGUUCCGUUACAAUGGGGCUUUGUCAUUCAGUGCUGCUUGUGAAAAGCAUUAUAGCAAAUGUGAGUGUUUCCAUCAUCAGCUUUCUCACAGAGCCUCGGUUAGAAGUUACAUAGUUACAUAGUUGAAAAGAGACUUGGGUCCAUCAAGUUCAGCCUUCCUCAUAUAUUUUUGCUGAUGAUCCAAAAGAAGGAGAAAAAACCUUCACAUUUUGCAACAAACUAGGAAAAAGAUUCCUUCUUGACCCCAAAAUAGCUGUCAGAUGUCUCCUUGGAUCAAGCAGCUAUUACCCCACUAAUUAGAAAUUAUAUCCCUGUAUGUUAUUUUUGCAAGUAUUUAUCCAAUUGCAGUUUAAACAUCUGUAUGGACUCUGAUAAAACCACCUCUUCAGGCAGAGAAUUCAAUAUCCUUAUUGCUCUUAAAUAUGCUCUUAAAAUAUUUUCUUUGCCUUAGAUGAAAUCUCCUUUCUUCCAGCCUAAAUGUGUGACCUCGUGUCCUAUGUAUAGCCCUGUUUAUGAAUAGAUGUCCAGAUAAUGGUUUGUACUGGCCCCGAAUAUAUUUGUAUAAUGUUAUCAUAACCCCCUUGAGGCACCAUUUUUCCAAACUAAACAGAUUUAAAUUUUUUAACCUUUCUUUGGAACUAAAAUGCUCCAUUCCUUUUAUCAAUGUUGUAGCUUGUUUCUGCACUUUUUCUAGUGUCAUGAUAUCCUUCUUUAGAACAGAUGCCCAAAAUUGCACAGCAUAUUCAAGGUGUGGUCUUACCAGCAAUUUAUAAAGAGGCAAAAUUGUAUUCUCAUCCCGAGAAUUUAUGCCCCUAUUUAUACAUGACAAAACCUUACUGGCCUUAGCAACUGCAGAUUGACAUUGCAUAUUGCUGCCUAAUUUGUUGUCUAUAACAAUUCCCAAAUCCUUCUCGUGUGUGGUUACCCCCAAUUCACUACCAUUUAGUGUGUAAGUUGCUUGUGCAUUCUUAACCCUGAAGUGCAUAACUUUGCAUUUCUCUAUGUUAAAUUUCAUCUGCCAUUUUAGUGCCCAGUCCCGCAAUCUAUCCAAAUUCCUCUGCAGCAAAGCAAUAUCCUGCUCACAUUUAAUUACUUUACAAAGUUUUGUGUCAUCUGCAAACACUGAAACAUGGCUUUCAAUGCCUAUUUCAAGAUCAUUUAUAAAUAUGUUAAAUAGAAGCAGUUCCAAAACAGAACCCUGAGGAACACCACUUACCACUUUUGUCCAGCCUGAAAAUUUACCAUUAAUGACAACUUGAUGUACUCUAUCCUUAAGUCAAUGCUCUACCCAAGAACAAAAAUAUUCAUCUAGACCAAUUUCUUUUGGUCCAAGUGAUCAAACUGAUGUUUAAUGGACACAUGUAAUCAUCUUUAUAAGGACUGCCAAACCACAGAACAUGUUGGAUUUCAUUCAUUUAGCCAGAAAAAGAAUACCCAAUCACCAUAUAUUAAAUAUAAUUGAAAGACCAUAUAUCUCAUUGACUGAAUGCCACGUGAUGUGUGCAGUAACUAUGUCUUGACCUGUAUUUGCUUGUGACUUGUCUCUGGUGUCUCCACAAGUGGGAUACCAGAGGACAAAAGGCCAGGAAAGCGUAUUGUGCAUGUGUUUGGAGUUUCCUUGUGAAAUUGUGUGUGUGUAGAGAGAGCUGAUUGUGGUGUGGUGUUUUGUGUAAAUAGGUUAGUUUCAGUUGUGUCGUGUUUGUGGUGUAAUAUGUGUGGCUAGGUGCUGAAGAGAGUGUGUGUCUAGGGGCAGGGUUGGCCCAAGGAUGAAAUCCUGCUCUCCUCAACAAAACCACACCUGUGUAUAGUGAAUGCAUUGUGUGUUUAGAGAAUGCAGAGUGUGUAGUCGAUGCAGUGUUUACAGUGGCUGCAGUGUUUGUGUGUUGCGUAUGCAGUGUGUAUAGUGAAUGAUUUGGGUGUGUAUAGUAGAUGUGUGAAUAGUGGAUGCUCAAUGUGUGUAUGUAUAGUGGAUCCAGAGUGUCAGCAGUGUAUGUGUGUAUUGUAUGCAGUUUGUGUAGUGAAUGCUUUAAAUGUGUGUGUAUAGUGGAUGCACAGUGUGUGUGUGAUACACAAUUUGUGUGUAGUGGAUGCAGAAUGUGCGUGUGUAUAGUGGAUGCAGAGUGUCUGUAUUUCUAUUACUGUUUCUUACACCUCCGCUCUGUUAUCUUUCUCCCCCCAUCCCCUCUACGUGUGUGUGUCUUUCUCCCCUCAGCCCCUUUACAUGUCUUUUUCUCUCCCCCAGCCCAGUGCGUGUGUCUCUUUCGCCCCUCCCCAGUACCUCUGUCUCCCUCCCAAAAACAAGUUGUCUCUUUCUCCCCUCAGUCCCUCUGUGUCUUUUUCACUCCCUCCAGCCCCUCUGGGUGUCUCUCCCCAACCCAUGUCUGUUUCUUUUAUCUCUUCUCCAGCCCCUCUGAAUUUCCCCCCAGGCCCUGUCUGUCUCCUUUGCCCCUUCUCCAGCCACUCUUUGUGUCCCCUAGCCACUUUCUGCUUGCUUGUGUCCCCCAAGCCACUUUGUGUCUGCUUGUGUCCCCUCAGCCCCUUUGCUUAUGUCCCUUUAGCCCCUUUGUACCUGCUUGUGUGCCGUUAGACCCUUUGUUUCAGCCUGUGUCCCCUCAGCCCCUUUUUGUAUGCUUGUGCCCCCCCUCCCACCAUGCCAGUUCACCUCCCUCCCACUUGUAGCAUGACCGAGCUGUGGACCAGGGUAGAGGAAUCAGUUUGGCGCACUCUGUGAGCACGUCCUCUACCCCGUUCAUGGCUCGACCUUGCUACAUGCUGAGACUGGCAGAAGUGGAAUGGUGUGCAUUCUCUCCUGCCAGUAAGCAGGAUCCAGCGCCCACCUUGGCCACCUUAUAGUAGCACGGGCCCUGCACAGUGUACAGGGCCAGCAAAAUUAAUUUUAAAUUCACACUGACUUUACCUAGAAUUCUCACUUUAGUGAAUAACCCUGAUAAUGUUAUUAUAGUGUAAUUGUAAAAUAUUUAGAGAGAUUCCAGGCACGAUGAUUCCAUUAUAAUGCAGACUUUUAUUGGAAUAAGCAAGACACGAGAAUGUUUCAUUCAAUACAGAUGGCCUUUCUCAAGUCAUAAGAUAGCACCAUACAUUUUUAAUUCCCCCCCUCCUCCAUCAUGAAUGCAAAAAGCUUUCACCUGUUGCUUAACUGAAUUUACACACCUAUUGUGCAUCGUGUUGAAACGGUCACACUCAUAAGACACGUGGACAUCCAUAAACAAGGUUUCUCAGUGGUUGCCAUGAAGAUGAGGUAACAAAAGACUACAACAGUGCAAAAUGACAAAUUAAAAGUAGAAAACAUCCCCAGGAAGCCCCACAUAAAUCAGCAUCGCCUCAAUAAUUAAACGUUACAAUGUCCUGCAAUGUUUCCUAUAUUAAUCAUGCAAUCUAAAACACCCUGUUCCAAAUUAUUACGCAAAUGAUAUUUUUCUCAUUUACCUAAAUAAUUGAUGUGAAUAACAGUCAGCAUAAUUCUCAUGUUAUCAACUAUUAAGAGUUCAAUUCAAAUUGUAUUGAACAAUCCUCCUAAUGAUAACAGUAUUUUUUUUAAACAUAAAAAACUUACAAUGCACUGUUCCAAAUUAUUACGCACAGUAAGUUUCAAAACACUUUAUAGGUUGUAAAGAACUGAACGUUGUCAUUUGUUGUGUUUGAGGCAUAUUUAAUGAAAUCAAAAGCUAUUUCAAUAAAACUUAUAACAACAUUUUAACUGUUUAAACAUUUUAACUGGUCACGUUACAUUUUAACAUAGGACCCCUUAUUUGAUAGCAGCUUCACAAGUCUUGCCUCCAUUGAACUUGUGAGUUUUUGGACAGUUUCUGGCAGAAAUCUUCCUCAAUGUGCCUUUAUCUGCAUGAACCCUUCUGUGCUCUGAGUCAGCCACAAAUUUCUUAAUAGUGCGAUAUCGUGAAAUAUCUAAUGUUUUCAUACCUAGUCCAAAGCACUGAACUAUUUCACUCUUUUCGGCAGCAGAAAGAUCCUUUUUCUUCCCCAUAUUGCAUGAAAAUUGUGCUCUGCUUAAUGAUGUGGAACACCCUCCUUUAGUAGUUUUUCCUGAAAUUGGGCUCACCUGGCAAUCUAAUUAUCACAGGUGUCCGAGAUUGUUUUCAGUGAUCAAAAGAGCCCUGAGACACAAUGCCAUCCAUGAGUUAAACUGAGAAACAAAAUAUUUCAUCUUUGUGACACUUAAAUAGAAUUUGCAUAAUAAUUUAGAACAGGGUGUAUAAUAAAGAGCCAUCUAGUGGCCACCAACAAGACAAACAUAUUGUGUCAUCCUUUCCUAUAGCACCAUCUAGAGACCAAGUAUCAAAAUUACAAUGAUGUAAUUGCAUGUAUACACCGAUCAGCCUCAACAUUAAAACAACUGACAGGUGAAGUGAAUAACAUUGAUUAAAUUGUUACAAUGAUACCUGUCAAGAGGUGCGAUAUAUUAGGAAGCAAGUGAACUGUAAGUGCUUAAAUUUUGUGUAUUGAAAGCAGGAAAAUGGGCAAGCAAAAAAAAUCUGAAUGACUUUGACAAGGGCCAAAUAGUGAUGGCUAGAUGACUGGGUCAGAGCACCUCCAAAACGACAAGUCUUGUGUGUUGUUCCUGGUAUGCAGUGGUUAGUACUUAGUAAAAAUAGUGUAAAGAAGGACAACCAGUGAAUUGGCAUCAGGGUCAUGGGUGCAAAUGUCAGGCUUCCUGCCCACUUACCUCUCACCGGAGCGCCGGGUGCCAAGACCCACGCCCGCAUUCCGUCUGACGCUGCAUGCUUGCGUGCAGUGUGUUUAAGUAUGCGUCUGAAUGAACUACCGAAUUCGGCGUUUGCCAACCCGAAUGCGGAAUUCGGUAAACCGAAUUUGGCGCAUGAAAAUUACGUCAGAGGUCAGAUUAUGAAGUUCAAGUACCUUCCACGAAAGUGGUCAAUUCCAAGUGGAAUUUGACCAAUCAGAUUAAGUGAUGCCUAUUUAUACUUACAUCUCCCAUUCCUUUUUUUCCCUGUUGUGGUUUCUUGUUAGCCCAAUAGCGCGUUCCUUCUGUAUAGUUGUUUGGUACCUUGACUGGCUCUUGUCUCUUGUUUAUCCUGCUCUAUCUAAUCCAUUGACCUUGGCUUGUUUCAUCAUUUUUCCUUACCUCUGUAAUCCUUUGACCUUGGCUUGAAUGCUGAAUCUGCUUAUUUGUACAACCCGGCCAUUCUAAGGAUCGGUAUUACAAAUAUUCUUGUUUGUGAUUCUGUCUGUGUGUUUAGGUUCCCGGAUUCUAGACACCCAAGGCUCUUUGAUGCACAUGGGGAGCGAAGGCUAGCCCAUCUGGUCCGAUCACACAGAAGAGCUACUGUAGUUGAAAUUGCUGAAAAACAUAAUGCUGGCCAUGAUAGAAAGGUGUCAGAACACACAGUCAGGGCCAGAUUAAGAGCCCAGUGGGCCUGGUGCUGACAAUUAUGACGGGCCUAAUUACAGAAUCAUAUCGACCAAAAACAGUAAAACACUCCCAAGCCUCAUGUAUCUGAUGGAUGGUGCUGGAGAGAAAGAAAACAGCAGCUAUAAGAAAACACAUACCCUAGGCUAAUCUCUCACUAAUUUAUGUUUUAAUCUUUCAAGUAAAUCCAUAACCCCUAACAGCAGUGUCUAGUCAGGCAGGAAGUCAAUGGGCGGGGUAAAAGGGUGUGCCACUGACACAAAUCACGUAACCUGCCAAAAGGGGCGAACAUGCCCAAAAAGAGGAUAUGUCUGCCCAAAGAAUUAGAAUGCCAGCCUGGUAUGAAUGCAUGUCAGACUGCCUGCAAAUCAUGCAGCUGGCCAACUAAGGGCAUACUAUGCAGACAGCACCCUGAGCUUGGCAUAAAUGCAUCUAAUGAUGCGCUCACUCAACGCUUUCUAAGGACUGCCCCCUAGCACUCACUGGUCUACUUGUCUCCUUACCUUCUUACUAGCAGGCAGAAGCUCCUGGUAUAUAGUCUGGGACAGAGAAAAGCUGUAUGUAGUAAGUGUAGAAGAAAGGGAACAUGCCACAGUGUUAGAGAGACCAAAGUCAGCAUUACCUUAAAGGAUCACUAUAGGGUCAGGAACACAAACAUGAAUUCAUGACCCUAUAACACCACCAUCUAGCCCCCCUGGGCACAUCAUGCCGCCAUAAAUAUAGCAAAAUCUUACUAUAUUCAAGCCUGAAGCUGUAACUCUACAUGCUGUUAGACUCAUAAAAACAAGCAGUCUGCUGACAUCAUUAGAAGUGGUGGCCUGAUCCAAUCACAGUGCUUCCCCAUAGGAUUGGCUGAGACUGACAAAGAGACAGAUCAGGGUCAGAGCCAGCAUGAUUCAAACACAGCCCUGGCCAAUCAGCAUCUCAUUAUAUAGAUGAAUUUAAUUAAUGACUCUCGAUGAGGAAAGUUCAGUGUCUGCAUGCAGAGGGAGGAGACACUGAAUGUUUGGAUGCAUUUUAGGCAGCCAUGACGCAGGAAGGAUCGCUAACAGUCAUCUAAGGAGUGGCCAGUGAAGUUAUCACUAGGAUGUAAUGUAAAGACUUCAUUUUCUCUGAAAAGACAGUGUUUGCAGCAAAAAGCCCGACGGUAACGAUUCUACUCACCAGAACAAAUUCAAUAAGCUGUAGUUGUUCUGGUGACUAUAGUGUCGCUUUAAAGGACCACUCUAGGCACCCAGACCACUUCAGUUUAAUGAAGUGGAAUGGGUGCCAGGUCCAGCUAGGAUUAACCCAUUCUUUUAUAAACAUAGCAGUUUCAGAGAAACUGCUAUGUUCAUAAUAGGGUUAAUCCAGCCUCCAAAUCCUCUAGCGGCUGUCUCAUUGACAGCCGCUAGAGGCGCUUGCGUGAUUCUCAUUGUGUUUUCCUGGCACUAUAGUGGUCCUUUAACUAUAUUCAUUGUCAGCCAGUCCACACAAGUUUUGUUCCCAUACAUCCCACUUAAGUUUCCAUACUUAAGUAAGAGUAUGUGAAAAGUAGUUAGGAUUGCCACCUUUCUUGGAAAAACAUACCGGCCUUACUAAUUUGCAUAAUUAAAUAUGUAUGGGUGACAUCACAUGAUGUAAAUCACAAGGAGUGACAUAAGAGAAAAUGCUGUAAAAUCACCAAAAAACCUACUUAGUUUGAUUCUGCUGUAUAGAUGGAUUCCUCCCAGUGCCCCCAUGUCUCCCAGUGCCCUCAUGACUCAGUGCCCCCAUGUGUCGAUUACUCCAGGUCUCAGUGUUCCUAUGUAUCAGUGUCUCAGUGCCCCAUGUCUCCCAGUGUCCCCUAGUGUCCCCUGUGUGUCCCCUAGUGUCGUGUCCCCAGGUCUCCCAGUGAUCCUAUGUAUCACAGUGUCUCAAUGCCCCAUGUCUCCCCAUGUAUCCCAGGGUCCCCAUGUCACUAGGACACUAGGAAGACGGGGAGACCUGGGGACACGGGGAGACCUAGGGACAUGGAGACACCAAUGACACUGGGAGACUAGGGGACUCUGGCUGGGACACAUGGGGACAAUGGGAAAAUAGGGGACACUUGAAGAGAUGGGGACACAGACACCAGGGACACAGACACUGACUGGGGGACAUGGGGACAUUGAGACAUGGGGACACUGGGAGACAUGGGGACACAGACACUAGGGACACUAGCUUGGAGACAUGGUGACAUUGUGACACUUGAGGCAAUGAGAGACAUGGAGGUACUAGGAGACAUGGGGACAGUGAGACACUGGCAGACUGGGGGCACUGGGAGACUAGGGGUCACUGGAAGACUAGGGGGCACUGAGACACCAGGGACACUGUGUCCCCAUGUGUCUGUGUCAUAAUAUCUCCCAAUGUCCCUUAGUGUCUCAGUGUCUGCCAUAAUGUCUCCCAGUGUCCCUUAGUGUCUGUGUCUGCCAUAAUGUCUCCCAUUGUCCCUUAUGUCUCAGUGUCUGCCAUAAUGUCUCCCAAUGUCCCUUAGUGUCUCAGUGUCUGCCAUAAUGUCUCCCAAUGUCCCUUAGUGUCUCAGUGUCUGCUAUAAUGUCUCCCAAUGUCCCUUAGUGUCUCAGUGUCUGCCAUAAUGUCUCCCAAUGUCCCUUAGUGUCUCAGUGCCUGCCAUAAUGUCUCCCAGUGUCCCUUAGUGUCUCAGUGCCUGCCAUAAUGUCUCCCAGUGUCCCUUAGUGUCUCAGUGUCUGCCAUAAUGUCUCCCAGUGUCCCUUAGUGUCUCAGUGUCUGCCAUAAUGUCUCCCAGUGUCCCUUAGUGUCUCAGUGUCUGCCAUAAUGUCUCCCAGUGUCCCUUAGUGUCUGUGUCUGCCAUAAUGUCUCCCAGUGUCCCUUAGUGUCUCAGUGUCUGCCAUAAUGUCUCCCAGUGUCCCUUAGUGUCUCAGUGUCUGCCAUAAUGUCUCCCAAUGUCCCUUAGUGUCUCAGUGUCUGCCAUAAUGUCUCCCAGUGUCUCUUAGUGUCUCAGUGUCCCCAUGUCUCCUUGCAGCCUUUCCCCCCAUCCCUUACUUCCCUGAGCUGUAAGCUGUCUCUGCAGGGUGGGAGUUGCUCUCUGGACUCUCUGUAACUGCACCCCUGCAGAUCAGUGAGUAUAGAUAGGCAGGUAGGGAUAUGCUGGAACUUCCUAUCCCUGCCUGUCUCCACACACAGCGACCCCUACUGGCCAGUGCAUACUAUUGCAUAGUAAUCUCUUGUUUAUACUGAUAAAAAUACCAGCAUUUGUAUUGCCAGUAUCCAAUAUUGGCACCAGCCAGGCAGCCUCAAAUACUGGCUAUGCUGAUAAAAUAAAAGCCAGGUGUAAUCCCUAAGAGUAGUGUGUGAAAAAAAAAUGCAAAAAAAAAAAUUUUUUUUUUUUUUUUUUAAAUCAAUGGGCCUAUUCCAUAGGCCUGGGCCUGGAGCUGCAGCUCCAUCAGCCCCUAUGUUAAUCCGGCCCUGCACACAGUGCAUCACAGUUUGCAGUGUAUGGAGCUGUGGAGCUGCAGACCAGCCAGAGCAGAGGCAUUCCUAGAGCAUUUGGAACCCGGGGCAGACCCUGUUUUUGGCACACCCCCUCUACCCACCCCCUUAAAACUGUAAAAAAAAAAAAAAAAACACCCACAAUUUUUUUUCAGUGUUUUCAAGAAUAUUUAUUGCACAUAAAAAUUGUGCACCCCUCACACAUACAAACCUUGCAUCCACCCUACACAUCAAAUUCAUACCCCUCUUCACAUAAAAACCCUGCACCCACUUCACAGUUCACACAUACACCUCCUAGUUCAUACACCCCCUACAGAUAAAAAUUCUGCACCGACCCUACACAUCAGAUUCAUACACACCCCCUUAAUUUAAAAAAAAACAUGCACACCCCCUUAAUGAAAAAAACACUGCCCACCCCCCUUAAUAAAAAAAAACCCUGCACACCCCGCCCUUAAAAAAACAUGCACACCCCCUCCAGCAGCAGCACAUCACAUGUACAAUGUGACUGGGACCAACCACAUAGAGAUCUAUGAGAUUUGUGUGUGUAAAAAGGUGAUUAUUUUGUGGUGCCAUCAUCCCAAUCCUGGCUGAACAACUCUUAUUUAAAAAAAUAAAUAAAAAAUAUGAAUAAAACAGAGCUUUCUCAAAUUCAGAAUAAAAUAAUAUUCAGAUAAAAUUAAGGAUCACUGGGUCAUUCCUGAUUCUUAAAGAACAUGGGGAGUUGAUAUUAGCAAAGGAACAGUGUCUGCAAGAUCCCAAAUUCCUCAACACAGGCUAUUAGAACAAUGUGUUUGUCACUUUCAAGAGUUCCGAGCUUAAAGACAGACUCCUCUCGUCUUGUCACUAUCUCAUAAAUACAAAUAAAUUCCAAACUAUAAAAUUUAUUAACCCCUUAAGGAUCAAAGUUAGUUGGAGAUCCAAGGCCUAUUUGGUAAUUUUGCCAUGCUUUCUUUGUACCACAAUAACAUCCUUUCCGUUUAAGUACACCUAUAAAUGUUAUAUAUAAUUUGUUUUAUUUUUUUUAAAUAGGGCUUUCUUUUGAAACCCUGUAUGUAUUAACACAAUGCUAAAUAUUAAUAAAAAAAUAAUUUCAAUGUUUUCUCAGUUUUACAUUUAGUAAUUUCUAUACAAGUGCAACUAAAGAGAACUAAUUCUAAAUAGAUUCACUAAUUAGUCCUUUUGGUAUAUAGAUCAUGCACCCGCAGUCUCACUGCUCCAAUCACUUAGUUUAUGUAGCUCGAGUCACACCUCCCUGCAUGUGACUUGCACAGCGUUCCUAAACACUUCCUGUAAAAAGACAUCUAAUGCUUAAACUUUCUUUAUAGCACAGUUUGUUUAAUUUACAAUUUCUUAUCUCCUGCUGUUAACAGCCUUGUAUAACCUGCAGGAGCCCUCUGUGAGUGAUUAACACAAAAUUUACAGAGCAAAAGAUAAAAACUUCUAAAGGAAGUUUACGUGUGACAGGCUAUGUCAGUCACAGCCAGGAGAGGUGUGGAUUGGGCUACAUAACAAAACAGGGAUGUAACUCCUAAAUUGUUGACAAUUGAGCAGUGAGACUGUAGAGGCAUGAUUUGCAUGCUAAAGCUGCUCCAUUAAGCGAAAGUUGUUUGGGUGACUAUAUUGUCCUUUUAAGGCUCACAAACAGAAAAAAUGAAGAAUGUUCCCCAGGUAGAGUUUAUAUAGACAGGUCUGCUUUAAGUUGGUUGGUACAAGAUUCCGUUCACCAGGUUUUUCCAAGUUUGUUUGUAUGGUUUUUACUUUGAAGCAAUGAAAGUAAAUCAAAAUUGAGUAUAAUAUGAGCCUCCUGUCUGAAAUAAAUGGUCUCCUUUUUGUCACAUGUAUUUCAGGGAUGACCUGAGUAAGUUGCUGUACAUCACCAUGUGUAUUAAGGAGAGUUUGCGCCUCAACACACCAGUGCCAGUCAUUUCCAGGCAUAUGAAUGAGCCAAUCACAUUUAGUGAUGGGUGA